GAAUCUCUGUCAUCACGAAAUACAGCAUUGAUUUCACAGAUAGUCAUUUCACAGAUGAUUGAUGAGACUAAAGCAAAAGAAAAUUGGCCCUCUUUGCCUAUGCAGCCCAUGGUCCCCCAGCCCAGUGCUUAUCACAAGAAGCAACCUUUGGCUAACCAUGGCUUGGUCAACGUCAACAGAGCCCUCACAAUACUUCCCAGCAGAUUAGAAAUCCAGGCAUCUCUAGAUGACACCACUUCUCCUUUGGACUCUCCCAGAGCAGAGGUAAAACUGUGUCCAACCCAGCAGAAAGGAUUUGCCUUCAUAACUGUCACAGCCAGACGUGUUGCUGGGGGCUCCAGCCACCCAAGGCAUGGAGCUGGGGCUGUGCAAGAGCCCAGUGCUGUGUCCCCCACCUCCAGCAAAGCCCCUGCUGCUGCCCUCCUUCGCUGGCCUCCUCCAGACUCCACAACCCAACGUGCCUCUCCCUUCAAGAGUCCUGAAUCUUGCUCACAAUCAGCACAGAAGCAGAUUUUUGACCCAGGAAACAAGGAGAAUGGCGUGAGUCUUCAAAGCAGUGAUGGGAGAGAGAAAGUACCACCUUCAUUCACCUCAUGGGUCCACGUUCAGGUUUCUCAGCAGUGUCCAAACACCAUCUAUUAUUUAGACAAGUCGCUUAACGUGUGCAUUGAGCAACCUCAAAUUAAAUGCCAAAAAAUUCAUAGAUCAGCCUUGUCCUUCAGACUAAAUUGCAGUUCGUGUAGAUUAACAGCAGAUGGAGUAGAUGGCAUAGCUAAUGGAGAGCCAAUAGAGGAGAUACAUCAAACAAAGCUCCUAGGAGAAAACAAGCCUCCACUGAGAUCAAACCUGAGUGCAGACUUAACAGAAAAUAAUGCAAUUAAUAAAGAGAAAACAAAUGAAGACUGUUUGGCUCGUAAAUACUCCUUACAAAGUGUCUUUGUCUCUGAACUUCCAGCAUUUGUGGAUAUACCCAGAAGACCUCACAAUGUAGUGACAACAAAGAAAGAUGAUGCUAAGCAGCCUGGCAGCUCUCACACUACAUUUUCUCUCCAGCUUCCUCAUCCAAGUGAUGAGGCAGGAACACAAAUGUUGUCAGGAAGCAAGAAGCAGCAACACACCAUGGGCAGGAGCAGCACAACGACCUCUGGCUCUCUUCCAGAGACAGCAUCCAGAAAGGCAAUCGCUACUGAUGGCUCAUUGAAAAAGACAGUUCACUCCAAAAACACCUCCAAAUCCAAAGAGAUCCAAGCACAGGGCAUCCUGAAACCAAAAACGUCUGUCUUCGGUAGUAUGUGCAAUAUAAAGGCUUCAUCAAGAGCCCUCGUUGAAGAAAAUCCUCACAGGCAAAACCAGCUCCUAAAAAGUGAUUAUGAAUUCUGUGGUUCAAGUGACAAAACGAAGGAGGGUGUGGAGGAGGAUGAGCAGGAGCAAGCCAGCAGGGUAACACUAUCUGCAGCUUGCUUGCCAGAUGUUUCUCCUGAGAAAAAUGACGUGUUCACCCAGCCAGAAACCAGCUCCCUGACACACAAAACUCCACCAGCCCCACGGACGCUGCGGGAAGCCCUAGAAAUGCAUAACCCUCAGUUCAUCUCCCGUUCACAAGAAAGGCUGAAGAGACUUGAACAUAUGGUGCAGCUGAGGAAAGCCCAGCAGAGCCGUGCUCCUCCGAGCAACCAAGGAGCGCUUCUUCUUCGCAAGCUUUCUUCCUCAUCCUCUUCAAGCAAAAAAAAGCAAUACACCAUUCCUGACCCGCUCAGUGAUAAUCUCUUCAAACCAAAGGAAAGAUUCAUUCCAGAGAAGGAGAUGCACAUGAGAUCAAAAAGGAUUUAUGACAAUUUACCCGAAGUAAAAAAGAAACAAGAAGAAAAACAGAAACGGAUCAUCCUCCAGAGCAACAGGCUGCGUGUUGAGAUCUUUAAAAAGCAAUUACUGGACCAGCUCCUUCAAAGAAACACAGAGUGACAAAGGAUCUUCUUGCCCAUCAUCCUAAUUGGAUCUUGAAUGCCUUUGACUGCUAGUUAAACCAUAAAAUUUAUGGUUAUCGGAAUUACCUGGAGGUGUUUUUCUUAUCUUUGGCUCUUUGUAUAAAGAAAGAUCAUUUCUACUUCAAUUGAAAUUUUAAGGCAACUUUCAAGUAAUCAAAAACAGCCUAAAAGGGAACACAGCUGUUUCAGAGCAUCACCUUUUGGCCAGUUUACCCAGAGGAAAUAAUUUUAAGAAUUUUUAAUGCAAAUACUGAAUUACAGCGGUAUUAUUUAUCUUAAUCUUUUAAAAAGUACACGUCUCUGUAGCAAUAGAGCUGGGUUUAUAAGAUCUGGAAAACUUAUUUCUCUGAAGUAUUCUAUUAAUUGAUUUCCUGUGAGUUAAAUCCUUGAAGUAAAGAAAAAUGAAUAUCAUUAUUUGUUAUGUUUAGAAACUAGCUGAAAUAGCAUUACCACAUAAUCAUAGCAGCAGCAGUUUCACAUUAAUACUUAACAUACCAAAAGGGACCAAUAUUUUAGCUCUCUGAAGAGCUCUAGUCCUGUUUAUAUAGUGAAUCUACGUAGCAGGCUUACCUGUUAAUGAAUAAGAUCUAAAAAUUUGAUUAUAAAACGUUUUUUUCCCUCUUUUUCAUUGUCAUAGAUGCUUUACUCCACUUCUGUAAGCAUUAAGUAUUUAUGGAAAUGGCAUAUUAAGAAGUGGUGCCAAGAAGUAUGUUUGCAUCAAAACUGCAGAACUAAAACCAUCUGUAACGUUUGCCUCCAAAAAAAUAUUUAAAUCUUUAUUUGUACAUUUUGGAAGUAAAAACAAACAGCUUACAAAGCCAUGGGGUUUAUUUAUGGAAUAAAAGAUGAAU